AUGGGACUGCCCAAGAAGAUGAAUUGUAAGGAGAUAAAUUUGCACGUGACGACCAAAGGAGAUGUCUACAAAGAAGAAACCCUAAAGCCUGAUGAAGGUGGAGGGUGCACUACGCCCAAGACAGAGAUGGUUUUACCGAAAUGCCCUCCUCCUCCACCGCGAAAACCCAAAUCAAUGCCACAGCCAAUGCACAAGAGGAAGGCGCAGAUGGUUUUGCUAGAUUUGUCUCAUGAAAUUGAGGCCAUGUUUCCUUCCAAUAUUCUCAGGGAUUUUAGGUGUGGUAAGAUCAAGAAAAUUAGGUCUUGA